CCUGGAGCGUGUAUUUUUUAUGACCUUUCACCCGGAAGUAGUUAUUUUACGAGAGUAACACAUGCCGACGAAAAUAUAAUCGUUGCCUAAGAAAUGGAUUACAACGUGAAGAAAACGAGUUCACAGGCUCUGUUGUCAUGCGGUAACGGAGCAGGUUUCACGGAGAAGCUUCUCCUGAAGCCAAGAUCUGGUGGAUCCCUGCAGACAGAGAGAGUGCCAAGAAGCAGUGUGUUGGAACGGCUUCAGAGCUUUCUGCCUCAAAUGGCUGAGGCCAAUGAGAAACUGAAGCAGCAGAUGGAGGAGGCACCUGCCGGGUGCUUCGACAUAGAAAACGUGGAGGAAGCACAAAGAGUCAUUGAGAUGGAUGUAGCACUGGUGGAGCUUAGUGGGUCAGAAAGUAACUCUGAAGAUGAAAAGGAUUCGUCAGACUCUGAGGAGGACUCUGACUUGGAUGAUGAGCAGGAGAUCACUGAGCAGAACAUUAAACUACCUGGAGAUAAAGGCAAAAAGACAAAAGCCCACAUUCAGGUUCUUGACAAACCGGGAGCGAGGUGACGUGGAUAAAACUGGCUAAUGAUAACACAUCUGAACCCCAAACCCCGGGGAGGCUGAUGACUGAUGAAGACCCUGAGGUGCCCUCUGGAGCAAGAAGCAGGUCUCCGUCAUCAUCUCACCCGGGUCGUUUGUUAUUGUACACAGUCUUAGUCAUACCACGGUGAAUCACCUUGUUUUUGGCCUCUGUUUUCACACAUUCUGACACAACUUAAUGAGCCAGCAGAAAAGCCUGUACACCCCCCACACAAACACACACACUGCUCCGUCCACACAUGCUGGGUGACAGAGUGUUUUCAUGCUGGAAGUAGUCAUUAGGCGAUGGCAGACUGUGGCCACGAGGGAGUAAACCUGGUCAGCAAUAACACUCAGGUAAACAGGGUAGAGGCAAAUACUCCUGGCUCUGAAAGUUACAGGGUCCCCACCCAGCACAUCACCAGGAGCAGUCUGACAUAAGACAGGUUGGAUUUAUUUUGUACCACGUGUAUAUUGCAGUAUUAACCAUACAUGUUUUUUUCCCCUGCUCCACAGUUUUGUGGUUUCCUGCCUGGGCCAGGUACCAUUUACCAACUUGUUUUUGUCCACACACCCCUAUAUAAAUUUUUAUUAUGUACUUUUUAUAAUUCUCUGUUUAGGUAAAUUAUAUCAGUUAUACCCUUCUAGCAUUUCAUUAACCUGCACACUGUCUUCCAAAAUGUCAUUUACUGUAAUGUUUGUCAGUUUUUGGCGAUGAUUUUUGAAUCUGUCAAGCCAAAGUUUUCAGAUUGGACCCACAGACCUUUUCUUUUGAGAGCUGAAAAUAAAUGAUGAACGAUCAUCGUGAAAUCA